AUGAGCAACCCAUUAGCUGAAAUCCUUUAUGCUUUAGCAAACCCAGAAUCUGAACAAAGUCAAGCUUAUCGUUCAGGUCAAUUUGGUGGUCAACAAAGACCUCAAUAUUAUCGUCAACAAACUCCUCAACAAUUUGCAUUUUAUUCACCAUAUGAUGAAGAAGAUGAAGAAGAUGAUUAUGGUUAUUAUCCUUAUAGAGAUUAUUAUUCACCAUUUGGCCCUCAAUUUGGUGGUGGUAGUCCUUUCCCAUUUGGUGGCGGAUAUCCAUUACCUCAAGGUUUCCCAUCUCAACAGUCAAGACAAUCAGUUCAACAAUCUCAAGGUCAAAAUCCAAGAGCAGCAAGAGAUUCAAAUGCCAAUUUAUCUCAACAAAAUCAAAGACAAUCUGUUACUGAUAUUUUGAGUUUUUUGAAUAAUCGUGGUGGUCCAGCUGCAAGAAGACAAAGUGAUGCAGGUGCUGAUUUAGAUGCUGAAAUUGCUGCUGCUUUAAGAAAAGAAUUACAAGCUAAAGAAGGUGAAUUUGUUGGUAGAUUAGAUAGACAUCCUUCUGAAGUUGCAAUUUUAGAAGCAUUAAAAGGUGAUAUUGCUAAAUUAGAAGGUAAAGAUCAAUUUGAAUCUACUCAACCUGAUAUUAAAGAAGAAUCUGAACAACCUGAUGAUAUUGAAGAUGAUGAUGAAGAAGGUACUGGUACUGGUACUAUAAAUUUCUCUGCAAAAUCAAGUUCUGUUCAACCUCCACCAUCAUUUUUCCCUGGUAAUCAUAAUGGAGCAAAUCAAACUCCUGAUACUACACCAUCAGGUGCCAAACAAUCAGUUUCAGGUCCAACUGAUACCAAAGGUUCUAAACCAAUUAUUAAUACUCCAAUUUCAAAUCCAUUAGUUAGACAUCAUACAAAUAAAGUUUCUAAGGAUCCAAAACCAAAAAUUGAAGUUUCAAAUCGUAAUGUUAAGAAUCCAAAAUUACCAUAUACACCAUCAGUUAAUAUUUAUGAUUCAAAAGAUGAAUAUAAUGUUGUUUUAGCAAUUCCAGGAGUUUCAUUAAAAGAUUUAAAUAUUGAUUUCCAUCCAACAACAAAUGAAAUUAUAAUUCAAGGUGAUGUUAAUAAUAUCGUACCAUUUGAUGAUAAAGAUUUAAAACAUUCAGAAAUUAGAUCAGGUUCAAUUGAAAGAAGAGUUAAAUUCCCAACUUUACCAAAAAUUGAUGAUGAAAAAAUUAAAGCUAAAUAUUUGAAUGGUUUAUUAACUGUUAAAAUUCCAAAAGAUAAUGAUGAAACUUUGAAAAAACCAAAAAGAAAAGUUACUAUUGAAGAUGUUCCUGAUGAAGAAUUAGAAUAUGAAGAAAAAGGUGGUAUUGUUAAUUAA